AUGGCGGACAACAUACCGAACGAAGUGAUGAUGAAAAUUCUGGUAGGACUACCAGUGAGAACUCUUCUGCAAAUCAGGUGCGUCUGCAAAUCUUGGUGUUCUCUGAUCAGUAGUGAUAAUUUUGUUACAUUUUGGUUCAAUCGUAGGACACAUUUGAACAGUACUCAUCACCUACUUCUCAUUAAGCAUUACAGUGAACAUGAGGACCAAGAACAUUUUUCCUUGUAUCUCGAUGAUGAAUCACUCACUGAGUACCAUUUGAAUCUGGAAAAUCAUCCAAUCGCAAACCUUUCUUCCUAUUUAACCAUUCUUGGUUCUUGCAAUGGAUUGGUAUGCCUUAUGGAUGAUAUGCUGAAGUUUACAGAUAUUUUGUAUCUAUGGAAUCCCACUGUUAGGAAAUUUAUUGUGCUUCCAGAACCUAGCAUUACCUUCAGUUCACACGGCCCUUAUGAGCGUGCUCUUGGAUUCGGAUUCGAUUCCACAACUAAUGACUUUAAAGUGGUGAGAAUUGUUUAUGGUUCUGGUGGCAACGAGGUUGACAUUUAUUCUCUUAGAGAGGGUUGUUGGAGAAGUAUUAGUGUUUCUGGUGCCAUACCUGAUAUUCAUUGUGAGUCAUCUCAUGCCUAUCUCAAUGGGGCUAUCCAUUGGGUUUCCAGAGGGGGCAAUUAUCGCCUACAAAUUGUGUCAUUCAAUUUGGGUACCAAAAUAUUCUCCGAAAUGGAGCUACCAACGAGUCUAGGUUAUAUACGACUACCAAGAAUGUUGUCUGUCUCAGUGUUUCACGAGUCGCUUUGUGUGUUCCACAAUGAUUCUUGGGAAAGAAAAGUGUCAAUCUGGGUGAUGAAACAAUAUGGUGUUGUGGACUCGUGGACCAAUCUGUUCAAUCUUGAUUUUCUUAGAGGUUCUGGGAAAGUUAUUGGCUUGAUGAGGAACGGUGAAGUUCUCUUGGCACAUAAUGAGGAAAUGAUAUCAACCGACUCAGAGACUCAAUAUCUCAAGUAUCUUGGGAUAUAUGGAAAAGGUGAGGCAUUUUCUGUCAAUACCUACACAGAGAGCUUAGUCUUAAUCGACAAGCCUAUGCGAGCCUUGCAUCAAAAUACCUCUUUAGGAUGCUAA